AUUCCUCCUGUCGGAAUCAUGGACUCCGCGACAGAGAUGAAACUUUUAGAUUUUCUGCGCCAAACUGAUGAAGAAUGGACAGAAACUCUGAAGUUGGCGAAAGCUGAAGCCACUGACACAAUCCUGCCACCUCCAGUGACUGACAUCACUGACGUCAAUGACGUGGCACCUGCAGCAGUUUCAGCAGGAUAUUAUAAUCCGAAAGGAACGCUGCAAGAGAAAUUUGGUGAACAUGCUGUGGAGUACGAAGUCGUAGUGGCCUCCAUGACGAUUCUGGGUCCCGUGCGGGGCACCAAAGCUGCCGCGCAGAGAGCCCUGGAGGCCCUGGCUGAGCGCCCCGAGCUGGUGCCACAGGACGCACCAAGUGAUACUGAUUUCAAGAGCAAGUUGGAGGUUUUCUCCGCAAAUAAGAUCAGCUGCAAGUAUGACACCAAGAAAUGCCAUGCUGGUGGCUUUGAGUCGACGGUUUCCGCCACUGGCGCGGCCGCAUCGAGCACCGCCGCCGUGGCCGUGUUGGCCGUGUCGGCCACGGGACGUGGGCGACGGAAGAUCGACGCGGAGCACUUCGCGGCCAGGGCGCUGUUGGAGAAGCUACGCGAAAUCCCAGAGGUGAAGCCCAUCGCCUCCAUGGCCGCACCGGACGCCUCGCCAAGGGACGAGCUUUCCCGGAAGGAUCGCGAAGGACGGAGCGGCGCGGAAGUUGCAGAAGAAGUAUUAAAGCUGCAAACCGAAGCGUUUCAAGAACAGGCGAAGGAACAUGAAAAGUUGAAGGAACUGUUGAGACCUCUCAACCUCGACAACUUUGCAAAGAUUCGUUUGAAUAUGGCCCCGUGUAUCUCAGAGGCUUUUCGUUUGAAGCUGAUCGAUGAUGCAGAGAAGAAACGAUUGCAGGAGAUCAAUGGCCGGGGCAAUUGCGCCAAGCAUACUCCAGAGAGGUUGCGGCCCAAAGCUGAGAAUGGCCAAACUGUGACGUCACGUCCGGAGGCAAUGCUCAACAUGUCAUUCCAAGAUGCCAUCCACAG